AUUCCCCAGAUUUGCGAUUCCCGUAACGCACGUAUGAAGUGCACCGAGCCAUGGAUGUCUGAGCAUUUGAUCGGCAGUAUCGAGGUUUGGGCAAUUCUUUUUUACGAUUAGUGAUUGCCUAUUGCCGGAUUUCUGCAUGGAUUUAUCGCCGUAAUAGAAUUGAUGCUAAGCAUGACGGGGAUAAUGCUGGUCUGUUCUGUACAUAUUCGCUCCGCUCGGUCUGAAAAUUACAAGUAUCCUAUGUUGGAUCGGUAGAUUUUCCUUGCCAGGUAAAUUGAUCGUUUAUUGUGAAGCCUCCCCAUGGUCUACUCGAGUCGGACAGAAGCAGUUACGGAGAGAACCUUGGAGCGUCUUCUGUACUUCUCACGUACUUUAUUUGUUUCUCAUUUCUACAAUAUACCGAAACUUUAAGACUCAUCAAACAUGCCUAUCGAUUCCUGUUACCCUGCAAUAACCAUCCCCAGUGUCGACAUAUGGACAUUUCUGUUCGAGAGACCCGAACGACGAUACCCAGAUGACCAUCCCCUCUUCAUCGAUCUUACAACCUCCACCCGUCACACCUUCACCACUCUCCGCCAUCAAUCCAUCUCUCUCGGUACCGCCCUCCUCCAAAAUUGGUGCUGGAAAAAGGGCGACAUCCUCGCGACGUUCACUCCAAACAGUGCUGACAUCAGUACCGUCGUCCUCGGUACUCUCUGGGCAGGUGGUGUAGUUUGUCCCUUGAACAACCUCUACCCCGUUUCUGAACUCUCGUCACUUCUCAAAUCAUCAAGAGCAAAAGGACUGGUGACCCAUGUGAGCUGUUUGGAUGUAGCUCUCAAGGCGGCGAAGAAGGUGGGGUUAUCAAGGGAGAGGAUUGUGGUAAUUGGGGAGAGGGAUAAGAAGGGGAACGUUGAGCAUUUGGAAGAUUUGAUGGGAUCGGGCAGAGACAUGGAGAGACAGAGGGUGAUGUUGAGUCCGGAAGAAGACUUGGCGUUCCUAGUCUAUUCGUCUGGAACUACGGGUUUACCGAAGGGGGUGAUGCUCACGCAUAGGAAUAUCGUGGCUAAUAUGCUACAAGCAGAGGUUAUGGAUAAGGGAAGCUCGAAUUGGAAGGACGAUUCCAUGAUUUCCUUCUUGCCAAUGUUCCAUAUCUACGGCAUUGCAGCUUUGAUAUUCAUCCCCCUUGUCCGAGGAGUGACCAUGCAUAUCAUGCAGCGCUUCGACUUGGAGCAAUUUCUCUCCUCUACCCAGAGACUCAGAGUCACAAUAGCCUACGUCGUUCCUCCAGUUGUACUUCUCCUCGCCAAGCAUCCGUUGGUAAAUAAGUACGAUCUCAGUUCACUGACUACGAUGCAUUCUGCUGCUGCUCCACUGACGCAGGAUUUGAUCCAUGUGAUCUAUAAAAAACUCAAAGUUCCGAUCAAGCAAAGCUAUGGGAUGUCUGAAGCCUCUCCUGGAAUCUCAACUCAGAGGACAGAGGCAUGGGAUUCCCCUCCCGGCUCGGUAGGAAAACUCUACCCCUCCAUGACUCUCAAAGUCGUAUCUCCCAGUACGCAAGACGAAGUUCACGCAGGCGAAGAAGGCGAACUCUGGAUUCGUGGACCGAAUAUCUUCAAAGGCUACCACAACAACCCCACCGCAACCUCGGAAGCCCUCAACUCAGGCUGGUUCCGUACCGGCGACAUAGGUUACGUCGAUGAAGGUGGUAAUAUCUUCCUUACAGAUCGUUUUAAAGAACUGAUCAAGUACAAUGGAUUUCAAGUUGCUCCUGCCCAGCUUGAGGGCCUGUUGAUGGGACAACCCGCUGUGGAUGAUGUUGCUGUGAUUGGUGUUUAUAGUAAGGAGAGAGCGACAGAGCUGCCCCGAGCGUAUGUUGUACUUGCGAAAGGGUAUGAACGCGAGGAUCAUAGAAGCUUGGCAGAGCAGAUUGGGAAGUGGGUGGAAGAGAGAGUGGCGCCGUACAAGAGGUUGAGGGGUGGUGUGAGGUUCGUGAAUGAGAUUCCGAAGAGCACGGCAGGAAAGGUUUUGAGAAGGGUUCUGGUGGAGCAGGCGAAAGCUGAGGAGAGAACUUCAAGUCCGAAACUGUAGGUAUUUCAUCUUUUGGAUAGAUAACUCACUCCAACUUGACACAUUUGGG